AGCCCAGCGUGGCGACGCUCUAGCCGAAGUCUCUAAGGCAGGCGGGGUGGCAUAUCUACCGCUGGAGUGUAUCAAGCACUCUGGCCCCGGAAAAGGCCCCGCCUGCGUGUGCGCGACUGGUGGGUACAGGUCAUGGCGGGGCUUCCGGAGCUGGCAGUCUUCGACCUGGAUUACACGCUCUGGCCAUUCUGGGUGGACACGCACGUAGACCCCCCUUUCCACAAGAGAAGUGAUGGAACUGUACAAGAUAGGCGAGGCCAGACCAUCCAACUGUACCCGGAGGUGCCUGAGGUCCUGGAACGAUUUCGGAGCCUUGGGGUGCCCGUCGCUGCCGCUUCACGGACAGGCGAGAUUAAAGGGGCCAAACAGCUACUGGAGCUCUUUGACCUUGUGCGAUACUUUGUUCAUCAGGAAAUCUAUCCAGGCAGCAAGGUCACACACUUUGAGAGAUUGCAGCAGAAGACUGGAGUUCCUUUCUCCCAGAUGAUCUUCUUUGAUGAUGAGAUGCGGAAUAUUGUAGACGUCAGCAAACUGGGUACUGAGUGGUGUUACCUGCAUUCAUGUCCAGAAUGGAAUGAAUCUUCAAACCCUAACUCAAGGGUUAGAGACAUUUACAAAGGCCCAAGCCAGACCCUGAGGUCUAGUCCUGUGGAUAAGCCUCAUUUGAGGCAUAAAACUGAAGGAAAUCAGGAAGGCAUUUUCAGGUGCAUUUGUAAAUUAUUAAAGUGUAUUUGUGUGUGACAGAAGAGCUCUUAACCACAGUGUGGGUUGUUUCUAUUUUUCUCGCUUGUGAAUGGGGGUUGGCUAUCUGGAGGUGCCAAGACCAGAGUGUGAGGCAUUAGACUGCCUCAGGUUCUGUCUCACAAACUUGAGGCAAACCCAAGACUGUGGUGAUCCCCAUGUGCUUGCCCCAUCUCCAAUCCCUCUCCCAAGUUCUGUCAAGGGCAUGAAGAAGUAACUUCCCUGAACAUGGGACGUUAUGUGUGUUACCCUGCACAUUUCCUUCCAGGAAACAAAUACUUUGUUUUCAGGAAGAGUGGGAGUUGCCUUUUUACAUAGUCAAAAGUGAAGCGGCUGCUUUAAGAGGAGUCGGUGGAUUUGGGGCUGGUGGCUCCCAUCACGUUUGAAGUGGCCUUCUUGGUGCCUAUUGAUGAUGUCACCGUGGUGCCCCAAGGAGGGAUUGGCCAAGGCUGGUGAUCUCUGAUGAGAUGGCACCCUCUCAGGAGCAAGCGGAAGCAUACAGGACACUGUGGGGCAGAGGCUGCAGAGGCCAGGGUCGUGAUGAGUCGUCUCCACCGACUCUUCCAGAGGGGUGAGCCCGGGCAAGGCUGGUUGGCUGAGAGGCACUAGCUGUACGGGCUGAGGGGAGACCAGGCCCUGGGCAGGGAAGAGACCCAGGAGAUGAGUUGUCCCAAAACCUUGGCGAUGGCCUAGCAAGGUGUUUUCCAGUGCCAGGAGGCUGUGCCUUGUCGAGGAGCCUGGCUCUGUCUGCCCGCCUUCCUCCACCCCAGAAGGAAGCGCUCGUGGCGGCAGGGAAGGGCAUCUGAGGGGAGGGUGUGCCAGCUCCCACUGUUUAGGCUUGGGGCAUGAGUUUCCAGUCCUUACUUGAUGCUGGGCAAGAGGGAAUCUGAGGUGAUGAAGAAAGAGGGCUUCUCAAAGCUCCUAUCUGGUGGGGGAAAAUGAGCAAAAACUGGCAUUUAAAGUGUAUAGCACUCUGUGAUGCAGACGUUCCUGAAAACCAGGGGAGGUGAAACAGACGUCAGGGGUCCAGAAGACUAGACGUAUGCCAAGUAGGGAAUUGAGGUACCCCAGGAAAAGAUAACUGUGUGUGCAAAACAGGCAGGAAAGAGAACGGUAUAUUUAGGGGAAAGAGAAGUUCUGGUUGCUGUGCACUGAAAGGAAAAAGGAAAAUAGAAGUGUGAGUGGAGAGGUAUUCAAGGACCAGAUCACGAAGGACCUUGUAUGUUUCGUUUAAAAAGUUUUGGAUAUUAUCCUAUAGGCAACAGAGAGUAUGGAAGGAUUUUACGCAGACAAGGGCCCUCAGAUGUGGGUGGGGCAGGGAGUGGAUAACUCUGUUAGAAGUACAGAAGAUGAAAGGAAAAUUGAGAUCAGGUUUCAUUUCUCUAGCCCCCUGUGCUUCCUUCAAUUUGAACCUGUGGACCUUGGACACUUGCUAGGGUAGCAAGGGAACAGUAAUUAUAAGAAGUGACUGGACUCUGGUUGUCAUAGUGGGGAGGCUACGCAUGUGUGGGUACAGGGGGGAUAUGGGGAAUCUCUGUACCUUCUACUCAGUUGUGCUGUGAACCUAAAACUGCUCUA